AUGGCUCAUAACGAACAUCCAACUCCAUCUGUAGAUUUCUACUCGUCGGGGACGGCCACCCCCAUCGGGAGCAACGCGGUGACACCUGUACCCUCCUCGGCAGCCGGAAUGCAGAACGUUUCUGCGGUCGAGGCAGCAAUAUUGACUACUGCAAAGAUUCGAGCGAAUAGACCGGUAGACCAGAGUUUCUUUCUCGCAGUCAUGGCCGGGAUCUGGGUUGGCUUUGGUGGAAUCGCCGGGUUAAAUGCUGCUGGGGGGAUACCUGUUUCUGUUCAAACGGAUUGGCCUAUUAUACCAAAGUUCCUCACAGGGGCGUUCUUUGCUUUUGCUCUGCAUUUCAUCGUCAUUAUGGGAGGAGAAUUGGUCACCGGCACCACCUUGGUAUUUAGUAUCGGAUGGUACAAUCGUGCAAUUCCCAUACGUCGCUCAGUUAUCAAUCUUGUUGUCGUUUAUAUCGGCAAUUGGUGUGGUUGCUUGAUAAUGGCAUAUUUUAUGGCAUAUUUGAGCGAUCUAUUCGUCGGUGCCUCCUAUAAACAAUGGAUGAAUAGCUUAGUUCUUGGAAAGGUUGGACAUGGAUGGGGUGUUUUGUUUCUACGAGCCAUUGGUGCGAACACCAUGGUGUGUGUAGCGAUCGCGAUGUUCAACGCAUGCACCGACUCGGCCGGCAAGAUAUUGGUCCUAUGGUUCCCCGUCAUAACAUUCGUUAUCAGUGGGUUUGAACAUUGCGUAGCGAACAUGUUCUUUUUGUCCACCGGACUUCUCUAUGGAGCUCCCUCCACAGUUGGGAAGCUUUGGUUUAACCAAUCGGCCGCUAUAUGCGGCAAUUUUAUUGGAGGGGCUGUUGUGGUUGGAUUGGGCAUGCACCUAAUCAAUUCUUGGAAAUCGCCUGUCCCAUGGCCAGAGUCAUCAAAGAGUUUACCAUCUAACCGAGUCGACGAAGAACGCAUGGGUGCUGCCAGAUCAUCGUAG